AUGAGCAAGAGAAGAUCUCAGAGGCAAAAAGCACCCACAAUCUGGCCAUAUACUCCGGAACCAUCUCCUCGCCUCAAGCCUCUUGUCGUGGAAGAAAUUGCCGAAGACAUCACCAUGGAGGAGCCUACACGGCCUCGGCCCAUUAGCAUGGUUCGAAAAGAAGGACUACUUUCACCAAACCGGCCCACAUUGGAGGAUGUUUUGAAUAACACAGCACCACCACCAUACACAUUAGCUGCUUACACCGCCUUUCUCUCGCAACAACACUGCCUAGAAACGCUGGAAUUCGUCACAGAGGCACGAAGAUACAGUACGAAAUAUGAUGAAGCGCUUGCAAGAGUGGAAAAGGACGAAUCAAAAUUAACGACCGAGAGUGACGAAGGAUUCGAGUUGAUGAAUAUGUGGACGCGGUUAUUAGAUGUCUAUGUGAAACCUGGGGCUCCUCGAGAGAUCAAUCUACCCGCUGAGGAGCGAGACGACCUGGUUGAGUAUCCCUACGAACCUCAGCCGGCGCCACCAGCAGCUCUGGAUCCGUCGGUCAAGCGAAUGUACGAUCUCAUGUCGGACUCCAUCUUCAUUCCAUUCUGCAACAGUCUAAAAGUCCCAUCACACGCACAAACCUACAGCGCAAUAUCCGAGUUAAGACGAACAGAAUUCGAUCCCUCAAGAAUGACUUUCGACGACAGAUCCGGCAUGUCUAGAGCAGCCAAUCCACCCAAACGGAGGGAGUCACCUCCGGCGCCUGCGACAUUCUCACCGUCAAGAUCACCUCCAUCACAGCAUCGUGCAGUGCAUUCUUCGUCAUUAUCUUCGGCCCUGAGCCGCAGUUCGGCCGGAAACAGACUUUCGACUCACGUGUCACACUCAUCUGCUGCCUCGGAAGCCGCAUUGACGGAUGGAAGUGAUCCAGAUGAAAGCGCUGUCAUGACUCCGCCUACAACACCUCCUGCUAGUGAAUUGGGUGGUCAUACUUCACACGGUCCUCUACGUCAGCAUCAACAAGCUCCGACGACUCAACCUCAGCUGAAGCCACAUCGGAGCGAAAGUGGUGCAUGGAAGAAGACGAUGAAGUUCUUUGGUGGCGGAGGGAGUGGCAGCAACAAUGCUAAGAAGGAUCGCAGCUGA